UGGAUCGCAGCCCUCAUUUCUACAGUGGAUGAGAUGUCUCGGCCGAAUGAGAUACCAAUUCGAGGUAAGUGGGAACCAAAAGAGUUCCACUAGAACGCUUGUUCGUUGUAGGUUCUUUGGACGGUCAAUGUUGGCAAUCGAUCUUACGGCCUGCCAGGAGAUCGCUCGUUGGUCGGGUUUGUCUGAGGUUCUAACUCACGGAGUUCUCUCAUCGCUACUGAUUGUGUGCGGACCUUUUGUUUGGGGCUCUACCUCCCGCUUGCCGAUUUUUGCCGGCCUGCUUUUCCGAGCUCGAAAUUCACAGGACACACGCACAAGAAGAAUAUGUAUUUCCUGGCCCCCAAAGUACCUAGUGAUACCUACUCGUUUCUGGGAUUUAGCGUGAACGGAGAUCUGUUUCUCUAAUUUUGUUUGUCCAUCUGCAGUCGGAAUCUGAAUUUACUUGAUUUCCUAUUGGUGUUCCCUUCUCUCCCAUCGACUCCCGUGUUGUUGCAGGCACACGGUCACGACAAUGUUGGAGGGACAUCAAUAGAGAUAUCAAGCAAAAGAUCCUUGCGUGGAUCCAUGGAAUCCGUUAAUCCAUCGAAUUCAGUACUGUAUUGCGAUGGCUAGGGUAGUAAGUAUUCUUAUAGACGUUGGUAUAAAUGGGGGUUGCGAUUCCUGGUUGGGUUAUGGGGGCCUCGUCUUGGGAGGCUUUCGUUGAACCCCUUCGUUGACAGUCAAUCAUGCGGUCCCGAACUUGUGCUUGACCUUCAACCCCCUUCGUUUGCUUUAAUACACAUGUGUUCAGUUGACUCAUGCGUUAUGUGGUGAUCUUACGCUCAUGCGGGUCUCGUUCUGUCGAGAGUAUUUAGUCAGGUCACUUUUCUUUUCUCUCGUCAGGUUUUUGGAGCCUUUAUUGUCCUUUCUUGCUUUUAUUGUAACAAGCUUUGAAGCUACUUCCAUUCCAUUCGCAUCCCACAUCUCUUUUUGAUUGGCAUCCGUCUCUUCACGGCCAUCUAGUUCUUUGUGACUAUGCCUACUGAAGUCGAUUACGACUGGGCCGCGCGCCCAUUCAAGAAGCCGUCGCCCACCAUCGGCACCUCGCGCGGGCCUUCCCUCCGCCAUCCCCUUGCCAGUAAUGCGACUCGGACUCCUUCUCAGCCUGCCACUUCCCAGGCCUUGAUCCCGAGAGCUGACGACGAAGAAGAUCGCAGGCGCCAAGCAGCCAAACCUCUGCGCUUGUUUUCGGCGAUAGAAGCACUUCGCGAGGGUAAACUUCCCACGAAUGAACAGCUGAUGUCCUUGAUUGACAAGAUUCUGGAGUCCGAGAGCAUUAAUAAGCGCAAGCAUUUGUUGAGCGAAGAAGGCCAUAAGGCUUGGGAAGAUUUUGUGUCGCUAUUGCAACAUGUGAAGGAGGUGAUUGACACUAAAAAUCGAGACGAAGUUAUUCAACGAUUUGUUUGGCAUGUUCGCUUGGCUGCCAAAACCAGAGCAGAACAACAGGGUGGCGUUCUUGGUGACGAGGGCAAAAGAGCCUUCGAUGAAAUGCUCACUGUUGCACGUCUGAUCAUCACGGACAACGAGUUUCGGAAGCUCUUGUUCGAAGUUAACCUCUUUUUUCAGGAAGUAACCGGUGGCAUCAGAGGCGACCGCGGUUUGAACAAUUAUGUAGAGGAAGCCAGUGCAGAACCCGCCUUUCAAGAAAUGCCCGGGCCCUCGAACCCUACCAUCGAAAAAGGAGGAGAAUACCCGACGGUUCCUGAAGAACGUCGUGCUGAAUAUCAAGGGCAGGAAUCUGCAGCCGAGCAAGAAGAGUAUCAUGAACCACAGGGAGCAGUGGAACAGCAGCAGGGCCCCCUGGCCACACCUCUAGCCACCACUACAGAAGAAACCCAAACCCCCAAGGACACGGAGGUGGAAAGACGUGAUUCGGGUUAUCGGACGACUGCCACGGUCUCUACCCGCGCCGAAGAGCCUACGCGCACCAGCCAGAUAUCCGGCAAUGAACCGUACCGCGAUAGCGCCGCCGCAGCCCGGCAAGCUGAACCUUAUAAAGUAUCCGCAUACGUUCCUCCCGAGCGAGGCCAAGGCGUUAUCGCUGUCAGCCAGGACGGAAUGCACCCAGAGAGGCGUGAAGAAUUGGCAAGCAUGCUCCGUAGGCUCAUACUGCAAGCCCAUGAAAAACCCGAGUACCGGCAUGCAUUUGAGUAUGUGCUUUCCCUCGUGCGUAAACUUGAACGUGCUGCAGCAGAUAAGCCGGAAGAGUUUCCGGAUGCCAAUGUGUAUGCAGCUCAACGUGCAUUGAAGAUUCUCAUUGAACGCUUUGCCAAUAAUUAUCCGCUCGACGGUGUCGUCGCCUCUUUGACCAUCUUUGCCGACCGCCUGAAGACUGAUUUCGAGCUCCGGAACCUUCUCCGUGAUAUUCGCGGUUUCUUGAGGGAUUCCCUGGAAGAUUAUGAUUUUGUUGUCCAUGAGGACUACACCUAUCGUGCUGCGGAUCUCAUCCGCAGCUUUGAAAGGCGAUGA